AAGAAAGCAUUUAGUUGCUCUGAGUGUGGUAAAAGAUUUAGACAAAAGGGCAAUCUAACUAAACAUAUGAGUACUCAUACAGGAGAGAAAGCAUUUAGAUGCUCUGAGUGUGGUGAAAGAUUUAGACAAAAGGGCAAUUUAACUGUACAUAUGAGGAUUCAUACAGGAGAGAAAGCAUUUAGAUGCUCUGAGUGUGGUAAAAGAUUUAGACAAAAGGACAAUUUAACUGUACAUAUGAGGAUUCAUACAGGAGAGAAAGCAUUUAGUUGCUCUGAGUGUGGUGAAAGAUUUAGACAAAAGGGAAGUCUAACUGGACAUAUGAGGAUUCAUACAGGAGAGAAAGCAUUUAGUUGCUCUGACUGUGGUAAAAGAUUUAGAUUUAAGGGCAAUCUAACUAAACAUAUGAGUAUUCAUACAGGAGAGAAAGCAUUUAGUUGCUCCGAGUGUGGUCAAACAUUUAGAAAAAAGGGCGAUCUAACUGAACACAUGAGGAUUCAUACAGGAGAGAAAGCAUUUAGUUGCUCUGAGUGUGGUGAAAGAUUUAGACAAAAGGGAAGUCUAACUGGACAUAUGAGGAUUCAUACAGGAGAGAAAGCAUUUAGUUGCUCUGACUGUGGUAAAAGAUUUAGAUUUAAGGGCAAUCUAACUAAUCAUAUGAGUAUUCAUACAGGAGAGAAAGCAUUUAGUUGCUCCGAGUGUGGUCAAACAUUUAGAAAAAAGAGCGAUCUAACUGAACAUAUGAGGAUUCAUACACGAGAGAAAGCAUUUAGUUGCUCUGAGUGUGGUAAAAGAUUUUUAAAAAAUUGCGAUCUAAUUGGACAUAUAAGGAGUCAUACAGGAGAGAAAGCAUUUAGUUGCUGCUAG